CAAACAAAAUAACAGAAUCUGUUGAGUCAAUAUCAAUUUUCACAAAAUGAGCACCAAUUAUCCAGCUCCGAUGACCGCCACGUCAACGGCCAAUAACAACCUCUUCGCCGCCGUGGACAUGGGUACCAACUCAUUCAAACUUACGCUUGCCAAGGUCGAUCCAUUUUCCGGCCGAUUCCUCACCCUCAGCCGCCUCAAAGAACCAGUCGUCCUCGGCCUCGACACCACAGCCUCCUCCGCCGCCAUCUCCGCCGACUCCCUCGACCGCUCAAUCUCCGCCCUCCGCACUUUCCAAAACUACCUCCACUCCCACCGCCUUCCCCCCUCCCAUCUCCGCCUCGUCGCCACGUCAGCCGUCCGCGAAGCUUCCAACAAAUCCCAAUUCAUCCAAACCAUCAGCGAAACCCUAGGUCUCGGCGUAGAAAUCAUCUCUGGCGCCGAAGAGGCGCGCCUCAUUUACCUCGGAGUUCUACAAUUCUUCCCGGUUUACAGCUCUACGGUUCUUACAAUUGACAUCGGCGGCGGCUCUACUGAAUUCACCAUUGCGAAAGGGGGAAAAGUUCUGUAUUCGAAAUCAUUGAGAUUAGGGCACGUCACAUUAACUCGGAGAUAUCCCGAUGUUGAGCAAAUGCGGGAACAUAUUCGUAAUGAAAUAGAAGCUUCUGGAUUGAUCGGGAAAAUCAGGGAGUUCAAACUCGAUACAGUGAUAGGCUCCUCGGGUACGAUUAAUGCUAUCGAGAAGGCUGUGUGUAAAGGCUAUGCAGUUAAGGCAGAGGUGGAAACCGUUGGUGUGCCUGAGGAAUUUGGGAAAAGGGAGUGGAGGUUUACUAGGCACGAGCUGAGUUGUCUACUGCAGAGUUUGUAUGAGGAAGACAAGGGAAUGGAGGGGAGGCUUAGAAGAAUGGAGUUUUUCAAGAGGCGAGGUGCGUUCAUCUUGGCAGGAACUGUUUUACUGGAUGAGAUAUUUGGGAGGCUGGGGAUUGAGGAAAUGGAGGUUUCAGGGUAUGCAUUAGGGGAGGGGGUGCUUGCAGAGAUGGCGGGGCGCGUUUUUGAGGGGUUUGAUUUGAAUGCUAAUGCACGGUGGAGGUCCGUUUUCAGGCUUGCUUUGAGGUUUAAUAAUAAGAAGAGGAUGAAUGCUGCUACAACGUAUGCAGCAAUCGCAAGGGAUAUUUGUGAAGGUUUGAGGAAAUUGAAUGACAAUCAUGAUAAUAAGCUCUCAGUGUCCUUGGAUCACAGGGAUCUUGAAUGCCUGGAUGCUGCUUGUUUGCUUCACAAUAUUGGCCUAUAUACUGGCAAAAAGGGUUAUCACAAGCAGUCUUAUCGCGUGAUAAUGAAUGGGGAUCACCUCUGCGGAUAUACUGAGGAAGAGAUUAAGCUGACUGCAUUGCUUGUGAGAUAUCAUAGGAAAAAAUAUCCCAAAAAAGAUGCUUUUAAGGGACCUGCUAAACAGAAAUUCAGAGUUCUCUGUACGAUUAUGCGGUUAGCUUAUGCAGUGCAGCAAUGUCUCCCUGGGGAUAUUCAAGUAGCAGAAUUUGCAUAUUCUCCAGAAGGUUACAAAUUGGUACUCAAUGCAAGCGAGGCAAGAAAUCAGUCUGCCGAGGAUGUCCAAGCAUUAGCUGACAUCAUCCAACCAUUAGAUGAGGAUAACAAUGUGUUGAUGGAGAAAGAAUUGGAACAUUUUAGGAUGGUAGUUUUCAGGGAAAAAUUGUCUAUUUUAGUUACUGGAACCGUUCCUGGCGGCUAGGCUGUGAAGUGAAGCCCUUAAUCAGUUUGGUUGUUUACUAUCCGGGUAGAGUUUGUAACAGGCUAAAGAAUAUGAAUUCCUCAGCAUCUCCUCUCCAUGCUAUGAUCAAGAAGCUUGUAAGGUUGAUUGGUUCCUGUAUUCUUUACAUGUAUAGCCAUUAUAACAAAUAGAAGUUCAAUACCAAAAGGAAAUAUCUUGUGUUAAUGUAUCAGGAAAAAAAAGUUGGAAUAUAAAAUGAAUGCAGUGAAGCUGGUGUGCUAGAGCUUGCACUGAAUGUGGUUUACUGCAGAGGCCUUGAUAAAUGUUUUUUUUAAAGAGGAUCAAUAAUGGCACUCAUAUGGUUGGA